ACUUACAAUCUGAGCAAUGCCAAUCGACUUCGACACUCAGCACCUGCAAAAAUGACUGCGACUGGAAAUGCGUUGCUGCCGCCUUUUACGCGCCAAGGUGAAGCACGAGAAAGAGUGCUGAGUCACGCUCCAUUUGCUUUCUAAGUUUGUUUUUGUAUAUUGUUUUUUUGCACAGAGUGUUCUCGGAGAGAUCCAGUUGAGCUGAGAGCUCAGCUGUUUGCUGCCAGGGCUAUGGCAUUUCAAACGUCGUCAGACACUCGAAGCGCGCGGUUCCCUCAAGUUUAACAGCGCCACAAAACUUAUCUGCAUAACGUGCGCCUCUCACGUAGUAGAUAAAAAAUUCCUCAUAAAACAAUAUAAAUAACAACAAAAUAAGAUGGAAAAAUCAAAUUUUGAGGACUGCAGUUUCUCGGACGUUGGUGAAAGCUCAAAUCUGCUGAAGUAUGCUAGGUUAGAAUUGGAGGAGGCAUACUCCAUGUGGAAUUUAUCCUCGCCUGGAUUUUACUUUGGCUUCUGUGCCCUCAUCUCGCAUAUUCUGCUCGCGGGGAUCACAGCUGUAAUUGUGUACAAAUGUGUAUCCUUAAAGAUGGAACAUACCGCUGGACAUGCCUUCUACUGCACCGUGGCUUUUGUAUUUUGCUUGGGCGAGGCGCUUCUCGUGCGACACAGCAGCGUCUUGGAGUCGUAUCUGGGCAUAUUCAACUUGGACCUUUUGCAUAGCGCCUUCGGCUUGCUGGCCUUUGGAGUUGGGGUUAUCGGUGUUGGCAUCAAAACUUGGCAGAAGCUUGAACGCAAGCGCGAGGAUCCAAACGCAAGCGUCCGACAUUUUCGCAGUAAUCACGGAUUCUCGGGUAUAAUCGGAUGUGUUCUGUUGCUUUGUGCUGUGCUCAGCGGUCUGCCGCUCUAUUUUAUCACAAGCAAUGCUCUCAAGCUUAUUCAUCGCUUUUUCGCUCUCAGCAGUUUUCUAUCUCUGAUGAUCUCUCAAAUGUACAGCUAUAAUACGGGAUUUGCCCGACGUCAGUGGAAUGCUCACCAUGUGCGAUUAUUUAAGUUGUUUACAUUUAUUGCAACUGUUACCACAAUUAACUACGAAUCUCGAAGAUUUUCGAAGGAAAUUGUAACGUUAAUCUGGAGGCAGUUUACCGACUAAUCCAAGUGGAAUCACUAGCGCACACUCAUAUCCUAUUUUAUUUACAUUUGUUUAUAAAUAUUUAUAUUCAAGUUGUUUACAUUUAUUGCAUCUGUUACCACAAUGAAUCAAGGUGAAAACUUGGUCCUACAGUCAUACCCAUAUUCAUAACGAUUUGGAUUUGUUUAUACAUUAUUAAGAUUUUAUUUGUUGAUUAAUAUUCAAUACAUCGGAUAGUAUAAGUAGACAUAUAUAUA